AAAAAAUCGUUGUAGUGUGUCUGCUGCGCCGCUUUUGUUAUAUGAUUUAAAAUUCAAUGUUUAAUGUUUAUUUUUAUUGUAGAAGCAGAAAAAACGAAGAAUGAAGAACAUUGGACAGACUAGACACAUAUUUUACAAUUUUUACAAUGUCGGAAAACCGCGUGCUUCUGAGGUCCUUACUAGUUACAUCGAACAAUGCAGUGAACCGCCUUGGACAUCUUAUUUUAUCAAAUAUUCAAGUAUUGUAGAUGACCAAUGGGGUAAAUCACAUUUUAAUUGGAAAGUUGGUGCCUCCAAUUAUCAUAUACUUAGAACUGGAUGUUUCCCAUAUAUUAAAUAUCAUUGUACCAAAAGAAGUCAUCAAAACCUUGAUAUUGACGAUAUCUUCUUUAGGGGCAUAAAAGUUCUUAAUUUAGGGUUACCUUGUCUUGCCUAUGGAUUAGCAGCGAUAUAUUUAAUUAAACAUACUGAAGUAGUUAAAACCAAUAAAGGUAAUAUUAAAAUUUAUUUUUUAUAUCCAGAAGAUAAAGGUUCGUUGUAUUAAAAAAUUACUUACCUUUAAUAGGAUACAUAUUUUAUGUAAAUCAUCGGAAACAAUGAAAAGUUAUCAAAGUUUUUUACACAAAAUAAUUCUAACAUUUAAUAAAACUUACGUUUUAG